AUGGAGCCAGGCCGCGCUCCGGGCGCCUCGGAGCCGCCGCGCCCGGCCUCGCCCCGCGUCCUCGCGCCGGAGCCGCCGAUGGAUCCUAUGACUGAAGAUCUAGUUCAGUCAUCCUGCAGCAGCAGAGAGACUUCCAUGGACUCUUUGCCUCAAACAAUUGAGGAAAUUGAGGAAUUUCUCAAGGAAGUCUCUGAGUCCUAUAAGGCAAGAACCGCAGCUGCACCAGAACCACAGAUAUAUACACCUCUGACUGCCUAUGGUGAGGACAACCAAAAUGAGUCAGCCCAGAGGGUGAUGACUCCUUUGAAGUCCACAAUGAUGAUUUCUGCAUGUUCUAACAAUCCUGGGACAGUCCUUGUUCAGAACUCAACAACACCCACCGUUAAAGCCCUUGAUAUGCCCCCUGGAGACCUAAGUGAAAUUUUUUUCAUGAACCGAAAGGUGAUGUUUGAUGAGAGAAAACCCACAACAACCUCCUGGAUGACAGAUACUACUGACAACCCAAAAACAUUCACCGAUUGCCAAAAGAUAACUAUCACUGCAAACAAGAUGGCAGUCCCCAAUGAAGGCAGCCAGAUGAAGAUGAUGACCAGUGAUGACCAGAUCCUCUAUGAAAGACAGGUAAUAACUCUUAAAGAGGGCUACAUGAUGACCUUUAGUGGUAACCAGACCUUCACUGAGGACCAUAAAAUUACUUCCAAUAAUAACUAUACCCUGAAGUGGAACCAGAUGGCAACCCUGUGUGAAGAGCAGAUAAUGACCCUCAGUGAUGACCAGACCUUCUAUAGAGACCAGAUAACCUUCAGUGGGGGCCAGACCCUCAAUGGGGGUCAGAUGGAGACCUACAUUGGUGACCAGACCCUCUAUGGAGGCCAAAUGACCUUCAGUGGGGACCAGACCCUGUAUGGGGGCCAGAUGAAUACUCUUAAUGAUGACCAGACCCUUUAUGGAGAACAGAUGAACUCCAGGGGAGACCAGAUCCCCUAUGGGGGUCAGAUGAAGACCCCUAGUGGUGACCAGACCCCCUGUGGAGGCCAGAUGACAACUCUUAAAGGGGGCUAUACAAUGACCUUCAUUGGUGACCAGACCUUCCCUGGGGGCCAGAUAACAACAUGCAGUGGUGUCCAGACCCCCUAUGGAAGUCAGAUGAUGAUGUAUAAGGGAGAUCAUAUGAGAACCUUCACUGAUGACUACAACCUAUAUGGAGAUGGAGGCCAUAUGAUACCACAUCAAUCCUCACCACAGCCAUACCCGGGAUUCUUGUACUUUUCAAGUUCCCAUUUGACCCAUGGACAAUACCUAGAAGAGCAGAAAUGCAACAUCAAAACCCAGAAAAGUAAAUUCCAGAAGAAGCCUGACAUUUUGAAGACCUACACUUGCACAUACCAGGACUGUGGGAAAUCCUAUACUAAGCCUUCCCACCUCCGAAUCCAUGAACGCAAACAUACUGGGGAAAAGCCAUACAAAUGCAAUGUGAAAGGAUGCACAUGGAGAUUCCCCCGUUCGGAUGAGCUCAACAGACACAAGAGAAAGCAUAGUGGGGAGCGGCCCUACCUGUGUACUAAAUGCAACAGGAAUUUUGCACGAUCUGAUCACUUGAAGCAGCAUCAAAGAAUCCACAGAUAAUGUUCACCUGUGACUAUAUACUCAUCAGGCUAUGAAGAAACGGGUACAGCUGAACAAUUCUGUCUACUAAGCUUUUGUUUGCUCUGUAUCUAGCACUGUCACAGCCUAUAAUAAGUGCUUAAUAUUA